CUCAACACUUGUAUAAUCCAUUAGAUAUAGAGAGAGAAAAUCUACUCUCUCUCUACUCUCUCUCUUCGCUAACCUAACCCUAGCUUUUCACAAUCGCUUGAUUUUAACGCCUUGAUGGAGCCUCGCGUCGGCAAUAAGUUCCGGCUCGGUCGCAAGAUCGGCAGCGGAUCGUUUGGAGAGAUCUAUCUCGGUACUAAUAUUCAGACGAAUGAAGAAGUCGCGAUCAAGCUUGAGAAUAUAAAGACGAAGCAUCCUCAGUUGCUGUACGAGUCGAAAUUAUACAGGAUUCUUCAGGGUGGAACUGGAAUUCCAAAUGUGAGGUGGUUCGGUGUGGAGGGAGACUAUAAUGUUUUAGUGAUGGAUUUGCUAGGGCCUAGUCUUGAAGAUUUAUUCAAUUUUUGCAGUAGAAAACUUUCUCUGAAGACAGUUUUAAUGCUUGCUGACCAAAUGAUCAAUCGUGUUGAAUUUGUUCAUACUAAAUCAUUUCUGCAUCGAGAUAUUAAGCCGGAUAAUUUCCUCAUGGGAUUAGGUCGGCGUGCAAACCAGGUCGCUAAUCUGUCAUAUGUUUACAUUAUAGACUUUGGUCUGGCAAAGAAAUUCAGAGAUUCUUCAACGCACCAGCACAUACCAUAUAGGGAGAACAAGAACUUGACUGGGACUGCGAGAUACGCUAGCAUGAAUACCCAUCUUGGAAUCGAACAAAGCAGGAGGGAUGAUCUUGAAUCUCUUGGAUACGUCCUUAUGUACUUCAUAAGAGGAAGUCUUCCUUGGCAAGGAUUGAAAGCUGGAAAUAAGAAGCAGAAGUAUGAAAAAAUUAGUGAAAAGAAAGUUUCGACAUCCAUCGAGUCACUGUGCCGAGGUUAUCCGACAGAAUUUGCAUCCUAUUUCCAUUACUGUCGUUCAUUGCGUUUUGAAGACAAACCAGACUAUGCUUAUUUGAAGAGAAUAUUUCGUGAGCUCUUUAUCCGGGAAGGCUUUCAAUUUGAUUAUGUUUUUGAUUGGACCAUAUUGAAGUAUCAGCAGUCACAAAUGGCGGCUCCUCCUUCAAGGGUGCUUGGGCCAGGUGCUGGACCAAGCUCUGGAAUGCCACCUGCUAUACCUAAUGGUGACCUACGUCCAGAUUUGGUAAGAAGUGCAUUGAAUGCAGCUGAAGAAGACAUAAGAUCUCCAGGAUUGUCAGCAGUUGAUUGUUCUCAUACAAGAGCUUCUGCACAAGGUUUGAACAGGGAAAGCUUAUCUAAGCAGAAGAGUCCUGUUGCAAAUGAUUCAGUCGUGAGCAAAGAUGCUACAGCAGCUAGUUCUAAUAUUUUGGGUCGGUCAAGUGGAUCAUUUAGGCGAUCUGCUGUAUCGAGUGGCCGUGAAACAUAUAAUGUUGGAAGGGAGUCCGACCCUACUCAGUCGCGCACUACAGAUGCAACCCCAGGAACAAUGCAGAAAAACUCAAGUGGACAAAGAAGUUCACCCCUUGGUAGGUCCUCGGAUCCAAAGUAUACAUCAUCGGGAAAAAAUAAUUCAAGUACAAAGAACUACGAAACCUCUCUGAAGGGAAUUGAAAGUUUGCGCUUCGAUGAUGAAUAGAAGCUUCCUUCCUGAAUAAACCAGGUUUCUUCAUUCUUGCAGCAAGCUGGCAACUAGAAUGCUCUAUCAAGGAGUUGAUUCUCAGUAAAUUGUGAUGUUGAAAAGUAAGUGAUUCCUUUGUUGAUAUUCUUCAGUAUAAAGAGGAAAAGAUAGUCUGAUCAAACAAAGUAGUAACCCCUCUUUGUAAAGCUAAGUGAUUAGUUCGCCUACAAUUUAAGCUAUGAGCACAUCUCUAGCAGUUUGACAAAAAAAAUUGGUUUAAUAGGGUACAUUUGAAAUUUACAACUUGCUGAAGGUUGCACAUUUGUAUAGCACAUUAAUAUUCUUGCA